UGUGCAAACUGCUUUUCGCAGCCAUUCUGCGCUAUCGCUGAGAACAGCGGACAUCCAGUCACACAGUCUUAGCCGGUUUUCUUCUUUUGUUCGGGGCCAACUGGAGGUGUCAAGUCGUGCUGCAUCUUCGCUGUAUUUUUUGCAUGGGCAAAGCUUGGGAAAAAUGUAGUCGUCACGGAUUUGCACAUUGUUAUUAUGUCUGGGGCGCGACUGCCUCGUGUGUUUCGGUCACUCCUCUCUUCUCUUCGCAUCUGAUGCUCUCUCCACUCGUAUAUCUAUAAAGACACGCAAACAGACUUUCUCAUUUUAGCUUCACCACGCGCGUUCUCGUGACUGCUGGGUACAUUCACUUUUCAUAGUAUAGGAGGCGGGCAGCUAUCAACAGUUUCACUGCAUCCGACGAUUAUUUCUCUCGGUUGUUUAUUCUACCAGUACCCUGUCGACUGCAUUUUUAAAACCGUAUUUUCGAUACAUUCUAGAUUCUCGAGGAAGUCAAUCAUCUGUCAACACGCGCUUGCGGUCUCGCUCUGGGAGGCCGUCGCGUCUCUCACCAUGCUAUAUCGACUGGACUCGCUGGCAGGGCUUCUUCUGUUGUCUCGUCCUAUCUUCUUCCAGCGUCCGAUUUUCCUCCUUUGGACGUUUUCCAGCGACACACUCCAUAUUAUAGCUCCUCCGGUGUGCUGCUCGGUGAUACGUGCGCAGGUUUUUGAGCGUCCCUGCGGAACAUGGAGAAUUUCCGACCCGGUCCUGGGCUAGCCCCGCAGGCCAGGGCGCCACCAGCAUGCCGUCGGAGCCGGCGUCGACAGGUGUCUCCAUGCCCUUCGUUCGAGUCUGUCUUCGCCCCCCUUGUGCAAGGGGCGGGGCAGCCUUUUUCUGGGUGCAUCCGCUCUCGCCUUUUGGGUACAUCAGAUAUCGCUUUGUCUGAAGCUCUCUGCAGGCAGUCUGCGCCUGACUCCAUGCCCUCGCUGACUCCGAGUAACCACUCUUCGCCGUCCAUCGAUCGCAGGGCGGCUUCUUUCUGCCCGUCUCCUUCGUUCUUUACCCGCUCCCCUCCGGCUGCCCCAGCGGCGACGAACGGCUCUGAGGGCGAGGAUGACCCCUUCUGCCUGCCUUCGCCUGACACAGAGGCCGACUGGGAGGCAAAGCGGUUUCUUCCCUCAUUCUCAGAUAUUCAACGGGUGUUUGCGGACCCGCCGCCCAGACGUGCGAGGUCGAGUCGAAGCUCGCAGAGAAGCGGAAGCGUUCUCAGUGGCGCAGGCAGCGAUGGAGACGAGCGAUCUUCUUGCUCUUCGAGUCCCUCCCCUUUGCCCGCGACCGCAUGUUGGAGAGGCUCCGAUGCGUCGCUUUCAGAUCGAGAGGGACAAGCCGAGGCCGCGUCUCCACGCUACUGGAGGCAAACAGUUGAGAAGGCGGGAGACAUGCCCAACGCAAAACGCGUUCACCCAGUUCGCAGUCGGGUGCCCGACUUUACCACACAAGCAGCUCUGAAUCAUGGCCCUUCGGGCAGUCACAGCGACAGUGCUGAAGUCUGCAGGGCGCGGCCAGCGCAGUGGCCGAAUUCGCCGUCAGCUGUCCCGCCGUUUCAUCCCUAUCGAGCUGGGUUGCCGGCUGUAGAUUCUUCCCCUUCAGGUGCAAGAUAUGAGAAAACAGAAUUGAUGCGUCGGUCAGUGGAACGUGGACUACCGCACACCUCUACCUGUGGCGACGUCUCAGCCCCUGUCGACUGUUGGGCUGCAGAAAGAGCAAGCUCUCCACCAGUUUCUGCGGUCGGUGCCUCCCCUGCUACGUCUCUAACUCCUCACAGUUCUGUCUCCCCUGCGAACGCAGAUCCCGACCGACCCUCGAAUCAGUCUCCACUCCCUAAGUCCCCUCCUUGUCAACCGGGAGACGUCGAUCCGGUUUCGGUCCAUGGCGGCUUGCGGCGAACAACCAGUUGUCGGCCUACACCUGCUUCUGUCUCUCCGUAUGCGGCGCCUUCCACGGUUGCGUUUUCUGCGCCACAGUGUUGUUUCGGAGACGAGGAGCCGGGCGGGAGGAGUCAAGUGGAGGUGCCAACUUCAGUCUCGGUUUCGAGCGGGCCUUCAAAUGUCGAGAGCCGUUGGAGCAACUCUUUGCGGUUCAACCCGCGCACGGGAAAGAUUGAGGCGCCUCCGGAGGACGGCGAGGCUUCGAGGCAUCGCAGCAAGGGGGCCAUUUCGCCGUCGCUUACCCCGGAUGGGGCUUUGCCUUCCGCUGAGACGAGCGGUUCGCUAGACGGCAGCCAAGCGUUCCCUGGGCGGUCCUCUGGAGCGGGCCCAUUGAGGAAGUUGGAGAAUGGCUUAGGGCCUCUUGGGGGCAAGGUGACGUUUCCUCCCAGACAGUCCACACUGUACGCGCUGCACGCGCCGCAGCCACACUCCCCCCCAGCAGUAACGUCUCCUGGGAAUUCAAAGAUGCGUCUCUCCUCGUUGGAGACAGGGCGCCCACAUCCUCAGUGGCAGCUUCCCGGGGCGCCGAUGGGUGGCUCGUCUUCUGGGCCGAAGGUUAGGCCCGGACGAACUGGCCGUGAAGACGCGGAUUUGCAUUCGUCGACGACGCCGCUUUGCGUGUCGCCCCAGCCCGUGCUAGCGCAGACUUCUGCGCGUGUGGCCCAAGCUGUGGCGGCCCCAGUUGAAGAGGAGACAGGUCGCCUCGACGGCAGCAGCGGGAUACGAAGUGGUGUCGCCUCUGGAGGGCCUGCGACGCAGGGCGGUGCCAGCGUACUUGCAGCGUCACGAGCGACAUGUCUAGCAAACGAUAACGAAGUCAGAGGCGGGUACGAAACGAGGAGGCGGGACCACAGUUCGCACUCCCCUGAUGCGUCUAUCCCUAUUCCUUCAGUUGCAUGGCGGGGUCCAGGCGUGUUGUACGAGGCGACGGACGAGACACUGGCAGAAGCGGAAGAGCUCCUGGCCAGAAACGAAGCGAGGCGAAGCAUCGCACGAGACUGGCCACCACGUGGGCACAGUUCACGCGUAAACGAGGCAAUGACAAACUCGGUUACGAAGGCAGCCCGGCUGCCUGGCCUUGAGACCCCUGCACAGACUGACGCGUCCUCAGACCGUCGGACUGACGCUGUGCAGGUUCUACGUCUGUCUCCGGGCAUCGGAGAUUCGUCCCCGAAAGCUGGCGUGGCUGCAGAGAUUCUCCCACCGACCCAGGGCUCCAUGAAGGCGUUGGCGACGAGGGGUUUGGGCAUCGGCUCGCCGAGGUACGGCCUGCAGGCGGUGUCUCCGCCGCCGCCGGCUUGCGGGCCUGUGCCCCCCAGUCCCCUCGUUCAGACAUGCCUCGUUGCGGAGAGACUACUGGCGAUGCGAACGCCCUGGAGGCUUCCCACGACAUCGAUUUUGAAGCGGAACAACAUCAUGGACAUUGUCCUAUACCUCGCCACGCUACAAAAUCUGUUUCGGGGCCCUGGUCCUAGACGCGAUGAACUGAUUACCCGUGUGAAGAGAAGAAAGCGAAUGAGCAGCCUGUUGUCGCAGCUGAGAGAGGAGUGCAGCUCAAGAGACGCAUCUGCCUCACUCGUAGGUCCCAGCGGAAGCCUUUUUUUGCAGGAAAUGAGAGACGGCGUCGAGGCUUCAGGGUCUCUUGGAGAUACUGGAAAUCGCGAGACGAGAGCGAAGACCGAAGCAGAGGGAGACAAAGGAACGGUGACGAAGCCAGGUGAGAUCGAUGCCCUAACAACUCUGCUCGAUCAGGAAGAUAUCGAGACCACGCGAACUGAGCUCGUGCGCCUCCAACAAAGACAGUUCGAACUGGUCGAUCUACCUCUGCUGUCCGAUUCGCCGUACUUGCUUCCGUCUCAGCAACAACAGUUAGUUCGGCGAUUUCUCCAGAUGACCCCGUCGCCAGCGAGCGGCUGUUCGGGUCUCGUAGAGUUCAACAUUCUGUACGCGUACAUUCGCCGAAAACGAGGCGGCUCGUUCGUCGACGUCCCCACGAGGAAGAGUAAAGACGCUUCCAGCUUGGACAAUUCGUUCUUCCAGGACUGCGAUGAAGACUCGCGCCCCCUAGGAGCCUCAAUGCAGUUCAUGCUGUCUCAGCUCGACGAUACCCCACAGCAUUCCAGGACAUACAGCCAUGCUGGAUUCUUCGGUCCCAGCUGGAGCAGCGAAGACUCUGGGCGAGCCGGGAGCCGCGCCCCGGCUGGUUCCAACCGGCGGACGUCGUCCUCCUCUUCCUCGAUUCUCUCGGACGAUGUCAUGGGCGGCUUCAGGUUGGGCUCCACGAUGAACCCAAUGGAGGUGAAGGCGGCACUGCAGCUGGUGCGGCGGGCUGUCCAGGUCGCCGACAUGGCCGCCGGAGACAAGGUUGUGCCUGAAGGGUCCGACAGGCCUGAUGGAGCCCACGGAGAUGUAUCCUGGGACCAGUCGGUGAAGACUGUCUCUGAGGCCACGGCCGGUCUCAUGAACCUGCUUGAGGAAGAAACGCAGAGCUUCCACACAGCUUGGACGGGUGGGGAGAAGAACAGCUCGAGUCGCCAUGAAGACGGGAACUCGUUGGGGCUCGCAGAUGUCCUCUCGGUCCUGUAUCCAUCCCCCCCGGUGUUCGUCAUCUGGGAUAUCGUCCCCGCCGUCGCGGCCUGCUCGUCCCACGCCGGAGCGCCUCUCGGGACCCAAUCUGCACACCGAGGGACGUCCCUUUCAGGGGGGCCAACUACUAGCUCCACCGACGCUUUGUCAGAGGGUCCGUCAUGUGGACCUUCACAUUCCCGAUCGGGCUCCGCUGGUUCUGGAUCUGUCUCAAAUCCCUCCGUCGCCUUUUCGAACUCCGGCGGAGUCACAGCUCGCGCUUUGCGGCGACGCACUGAGGCACCAGGUGGCCCUGGGGCGAGGGAGGGCUCCGGCGCCCUGGCCGCGAGCCCCAGAGGCGAGGGCGGACUGCACCACUCGUUCGGCCAAGGAGACGCAGUAUCUCUCUCGGCGCCAUCGGCGGCUCCUACGGGGUUCGAGGACUUUUACAGACUUUUUCGGGACCAGGUGCUCCGGUAUCAGACCACUGAAGUCGGGGCGCCCACCCUCCAGCUCCUCGUGCACUUUUGCUCGUCGGUUGCCUUUUGGCUUCAACUCGACCGGCACCAGCACUUCGCCGUUAUCAACAUCGAUCCAGGAUGCGGGUUCCAGGGGCUCCUGCUUCUCGCCUGUGCGGCUCUCGUUCGGUCCAAAUGGACGGCGGCCGAAGUCCUUCAGAUGCUGCGGCGCUCGUCGAUCGCAGCUCAGGAUGGGGGCCAGCUGGAGCGCCGUCUCCGAGGGGGGGCUGGCUGCCUAACUCAGCAAAACGGAGACGCGAGCUGUAGGGCCGCGCCUGGGAGACAAGGGUCGGGCAGCGGUUCCAUUGGGGGCCUCACGUCGCGAAAACUGGGAGACAAAGGCCGCUCCGGCAGGGCCAAGAAGAAAACGUGGGGAGUCAUCUGCUGGCAAGAUGCCGAGGAGUGGCCCCCGAGCUGCAGGCGGUAUCUCCACUACUUCGACAGGCUUGUCAAGAGAGGCGGCGUAGAGUUCACGGUGCCUCCGUCGUCGGCGGACGCAGAAGAAAGCGGGAGCAAGUCGGUGUCUCCGCCAAGCCCGCUGUCUCUCUUCGGGUUCCAGAGUGUAGGCGAGACGUCUCCGUUUCCGUCCCGAACCCCGUCGCCCACGAACUGCGGGCGCGAGACUCCGGGGCACAAGAAGUUCGGCGUUCCGUCUACUCCGUAUCGCCUCAAAAACAUCAUCAUGGAGAACUUCACACCGCCCGCAGAGCUGGUGUGUGUGGAGGUCUAUGAAGUGUCUCUGUGCUUCGGCUGCCGGUGCCGGUCGGCCUCACCGCAUGCGACCGUGGGGACGGAGACCCGCCAGCCGUUUGACGCGAGAGGAGUCGAGGGAUCGACAAGUCAGCGAGACUCGCUGGAGAGAAAAUCGCGUGGGAUAGAGAAUUCACCGGCGGAGUCUUGCGCCUCGCCUGGGGCGCCUUCUCUCAGCUCCGGUGGAUCGACGACCGCGUCGACGAGCGUCAGCGUGCAGAAAGAAGGCGAAUCGUCAGGUGGUACAUUUCUUUCGCCUCGACUGAAGUUGCCUAAAAACCUAUUCAAGAAGCGCAGCGGGUCUCCUGGUGGGAACGACGGACUCGCGAAAGGGCAGGAGAAGGGCGAAGGACGCGCAAGCGCUCAAGGUGGUUCCUCCAGUUGCCUUGCAUCUUCGGCGGGAACCGUGACGAUGCACUCGAGCUUGUACGCCCAUCCGUACAUCAAGGCCCUCCGGCAGCAAGAACUCCUCUGCUCGAGGAAGACUGGAGCCAGCGCAGGCCUCCCCGACCGCGUUCCCUUGCUGCUGGAACCAGCGGGACCCCUUGGUCAUUUAGUACCCUGCUGUGUGGUGGCGUCGGCGCCGCCGGUGCCUGUCCCCGGCGUAGAGGCGAGGCGGAGCUUUGAGCCGCCCGAUCAAGACGCGACACGGAAGACUGCAUCCGGAGACGGCUGUGAAGGCAGUUCGACUUCGGGCUCUGUGAACGCGUCGGUUCCACACUCGCCGACGGUCUUGUCACAGUCGAGAGAUCACCUGAUGCGCCGCAGCGGCUCGCGAAGGACUCCCGCAGCAGGGGCAGAAGAGGAACUCCGAAAGGGGACGCUCUGUUGCCCCAUGUGCUGUGUGGGCCGAAGCGUGGGACGGAAAAGCUCGGGGCCAUCCUUCCAGGGGACUCGACUGGGUACCAGCGGACCUGCUGGGAGCUCAAGGGGACAAGACGAGGAGAUUCGCGAUCCGCAGGCAGAUGACAGCAGCCGCUUACCUGGCCUGCCUUUGGGGGAAGUCGUCAAAGAGCAGUUCAUUCUACGAGCGUGUGUGAACAACUACCAGCUGAUGGCGGCCGACACCAUGGAAGGUGGGCAGACGUCGCUUGUGUUUGACUUUUCUCACAAUCGCGAAGGCGACGACCAGUACCUUGUUCUCUCCGGCGAUCUCCUCUUCGCGUUUCGCCAGCUAGCUGCAACUCCAAAGCACUCCGCCUCUCCGGAGGACGCAGACGCUCCCCCGGGGAAGGAGGGAGGCAAAGGACAACAAGAGCGAGAAAAGGUUGCCCGUCGCUGGAGUGGCGGCGCUUUAAAAACGGAUCAACGAGGCUCGAAAAAAAUUGAGUGGGGAACUGGCCAGCAAGUCUUCGCCACUUUCUCGUUUCACACAGGGUUCAUGGUGCAGGGAACUACGGACGUGCAACAAUUGACCAAGGAAGACUUGGACACGUACGACUCGUCUCACCGGGAUUUGAUUCCCGAUGGUCUUCGUGUGUCUCUGAUUUUCGAGCCCGUUCGUCCAUCCCUCUUCGAGACGGGACCGGCGGUCCGCCGUCCGUCCCGGACCUUGUCGCCGUCGCCUCCGGUCUCGAGCCUGCCGGCGUCACUGUCGCCUGGUACCCCAGGGUUCCCGGCGGCGAGCGGCGUCGACUGCGCUGUGGGUGAGAGGUCGGCGACGAGCCCUGAGGCGACGGCAACGACCCCGGCGAGAGCGGACAGCGUCUUCGCCGCGUCGACGUGUGACGAGGGCCGUACGGCGAGUCCCAGGUCUUCCUCGCCGUCGCUCAGAGCUGGGGCUCUUUCGGACGCUCGGAGCGAUGACGGGAAGAAGGGUGCCGAUGAGCAAGAGACGGGGGAUCGAAGAGAGAAAAACGAACCAGGGCGAACUAAGAGGUUAGAGGAAGAGAGCGAUCAACGAGGGCGGUAUGGCGGUGGAACGGGCCUUGGAGCCCUGGCCUCGUGGCUCGGCUUCCCCGGAAGCGGGACGUCAUCGCGGGCCUCCGCUGGAGACACCAGCGAGCAGCGUCUGGGACGAGCGGACGGCGACUUGUGUGGCCCAAUUUCGCCUUGCAAUAAGAUGACUGACGAGCAACGGCGAUUGCUGAGAAUGAUGCACGACCAACAGGAGAAACACAAGGGCCAGGAGGCGGAGAAGCAAAGAGCCGCUCAAGUCUCCCGAGGAGACGCAGAAUGGAACCGAUGGAAGGACUACAUUCUCUGGCGCGCUCAACAGUGGGUAGGCCAGCCCAAGCCGGACCGAAGGGAGUUCUGGAGACGCCACAUUGGAGUCGUGGACGAGGUCCAGCUAUGGAGGCUUUCGAACUUGACGGGGUGCGGCCGUGACAACUGCUUAGUGGCGCUCAAAGUCUGUUGUAACGACGUGGCAGAUGCGCUGAUGUUCCUGUCUCUGUACUUUGCGUCGACUACGUGCCCAACCCUCGUUCACCUCUUUCCUUCUCCUCUCCCGCUUUCCCUGCCAGAUCGAGACUUUCUUUUGCGGCAAGCCGCCUAUCCCGCAUCGACGGAUGUGGACGUCAAGGCGUCAAGAACCCUAUCGAAUGCGUCCCCUCACGCCGCUUUCUCAGAAGCGUCCAGUUCAGCUCUCCCAGGGGUCACCGCCAUUCAAGACGCAGACGCGAAAGAGGGCACCCUCAUGCCACUGGGUCCGACAGCAGCCCCGUCUGUGGGUUCGAGGGGUCCCUCUGUCUCUUCGGGUCAGACUGCGACCCCUGGCGAGCCCCAACCGACGACUGUCGCCAUAGCCUCCCCCCACCUGCGAGUGUCUGAAGGCCAAGGAAGCGUCUCCAAACCGGUGGCCCGCAGCGGCUUUUUUUCGAGCGAGUAUCCUCAACCUGCGUCAGGUUCGCUCCCCUCUGGGACAGGGUCUUGUCAUGGCAGGGAGACAGGAGAGCGUGGAGCCGGGGAGGACACUCGAGAGUCUGCCUUUUCUGGAGACCCGGUGCACGAUCCUAGUGGAGAUGCUGGAGCAGCGAGAUGUUUCCCAGGCCGGGUUGGUGAGCAGGGCGUUGAGGCGUCCGCCGGGAUAUAUCGAACGGUUUCGACCUCGUCUAUCUUGUCCACCGCAAGUGCUUCGGGAUUCGGCACCGCGGGUGCUUCGUCGGCUUAUAUGCGGAGCCGAGUCGCCUCGGGCGUCGAUCCCAGCCUAGGCUUCGGCAUCGAAGAUGCCUGCGGCUCCAGUGGGCCUAACAGUCCGACCGCGGUCAUGAGCGAAGGCGGUAGUUUGGAGCCCGAUAGAACCCUAGGAUCCUUCGGUGGCUGGAGGCGCCAGCGUCGAAUGGCGCCGGUGCCCCAGAGGCCGGGCCAGCUGAAGCCUCGUCAGACGCCGGCUUGUUCUUCCUCCACAGCUCAACCUCCGAGGGGUCCAUUGGCAGGGGCGAGCCUGCCGACUCAUGGAUUGUCUCUCACAGGCGCGGUGCCGUUGAGACGCGCUCACAGCGUGGGCGGCCCCUCGGAAGCGUCUCAUCUUGUUUCAGCUUCCACUCAUCAGGGGUUGCGUGCUGGACUGGCACCACCGGCGAUUUUCGAAGAGCUUCCGUGGGGCUCGUUUGCACAAGGCAGUGGCGAAAGGUCACUAGCCGUUCCCAGGGGGCACCAAAAUGUCUUCCCCACAUGCGGCACUCUUGCAGCUGUCGCCGAAGGUAGAGCGAUGCAGCCGGGUACUCUGGGAGCGUGUGCUAUGGGGACAGGAGCCCCAGGGUUUGUCACUGGCUAUGCCUGUAUGGAAGAGGAGAGCAGCAAGGCAUCGGGGAGUGAACCCGGUUUUUCCGGUGCCCAAGUCGUGGCGCCCGGAGCGGCCAGUCAGCCUGGAGGUACUGGAGGUGGCGCCGUCGUUCUCGCAGAAACGACCGACAGAGAAAAUAAAGAAGCGGAAAGCCCGGCUGUCGUCCUUGUCGGUGCCAGCAAUGAAGGCAAAGAACUGUAUACUGUCAGGCUGCCUUCUGGACGUCUUGUUCGCUUCUCUAUCGACCAGCGGAAAGCCACGGACGGUCAAGACACUGUUGUGCAUGCAUCCGACGUCGUCCCGGCGCCAACCGGAGACACGGGCUCUCGGGCCCCAAGUCAUGAUGAAGGCGCGACCGCCGGGUCUGUCGGGCCUGCUGGGGACGCCCUGACUCGGGGACAUUCACGCGUGUGCAGAGCGAAUGCCUCGAUUCUUUCAGGGGGCGAGACGAGUGCACGAGGUGACAACACUAAUGCCUCUGGGAAGCUCGAGUCUGCCGUUAGCACUGGGCCAGUUUCGAGUUGCUUCGCUAGCUCAGGAGGUGAAGAGGCAGCUGUACCUGGUUGCCGUAUAGGCGUCCAGCGAGCGCAGAUCGGCUCCGAAGAGGGGGUCGGCAAAUGCGAAGGUGUUAUUCGGUCAGGCGUCGAGGCUCAGGUUCCCGCUGGGGCGCUGAGCACGGUCUCUGUUUCUGCAGCCGGCGGAAACGGAUUCCCAGCAGGGGACAGUGAAACGAGGCCGGUACAUAAGGUCGUCGUCCCAUCGGUUCCAGGGUCGUCAGUCCCCACGAGUGGCAUGCUGGUUCCUGGUGCAACUGAAGGAGACACUAAGGAGGGAGGUGAGACGGCCACAGGCGCUGGAACCCAAGGAAGUACUGUGUUCUUAGGGACGCCUCCUCAGGUGAAUAUGCUAGGGCAGGGUAGCGGAGGGCCUGGCGGCAGCCCCCCUGUUGGCAGUGCCUUGGCUGGGACUCCCGGUGUGCAAGGGUCAGUUGGAGGGAGCUCAAGCAACGUCUCUGCCUCUGGAGCAUCGCCUGCUGUUCUCAGUGUCAAUGCCGGCUCAGGAGAUAGCAUCUGUCGUCAUUCUGUCGACUUGGGCAAAGUUCCGGCGCCACAGCCUCCGACAGCUAGUGGGGACUCGCCUUCGCCUACCGGUUCGUAUCCUGGUGCCUCUGACAAAUCACAGCAGACCUUCAGUGCGGGUGCUCCUUCAAGUGGGACGAACGCAAGAACCGAAAGCACUCCCGCUGGGGCCGGCGAGACUGGAGCCUCUGGCGAGGCUAAAGCCCCUGCGGCGCCUAAGAAGAAGGCCAUGCCCCCGCCCCCGCCUCCGGGUAAAACACCGGGGGACGCGUCUAAGGCCCCUGGAGGGCCUCCGGGGAAAGGCAAAGCACCGCCCCUCCCAAAAGGCAAAAAGGCUCCUCAGCUGGGGAAGGCACCGAAGGCCGGCGGUCCGCCGAAGAAGGCAGACGCCGUGGACCCCAUGACGCUACCGCUGCGGAGAAAAAUCCACUGGAAAACUCUCGGGAAAGAGCAGAUAGAGGGAACGGUCUUCAAGGAGCUCGAAGGCGACCCCGCAAUCCCGGACAUGUUCGAUCCGGAGGCGAUUUCGCGGCUCUUCUCCGCAACGCUGACAGUGAAGAGCGACGAGGCUGCUGUGAAGGCCGCACCGAAGAAGGCGGAAGAAAAGAAGCACACAAUCCUCGAUAACAAGCGAGCGCAAAACGUCGCCAUUGUCCUUGCCAGGCUUCCCCUCAGUCUCGAUGCAAUCGCCCAGAAGAUGCUACACCUGGACACCGAGGGACUGACCGUCGACAUUCUGCAGAAAGUCGAGCAAGUGGCGCCGACGCCCGAGGAGCUGGUGAAGUUUCGCGAGUACGAAGAGUUGAAGAAAACGGAGAAUACAGGCGAUCUGCGAGAUGUGGAGAAGAAAAUGACGGCCUUGAUCCCCGUCACGCGCCUCUCCUCUCGAGUCCGUGUUAUGCAGACGGCCCUUCAGUGGGAGAAAGUUGUGGAGGAAAUCGAGAAGCAGCUGGCUCUCCUGUGCAAAGCAGCCGACGAAGCUCACAACAGCCGAAAGUUCCGCAGCCUUCUCCAAGCAGUUUUGCAGUGGGGCAACUACGUGAACCACGGGGUAAAGAAGGCUCCAAAGGGCCAGGAGGUGUCUAGUGAGUCGGAGGCAAGGAAAGCAGAGACGACGUCCCCGACAGAAGGCGAUCGUAGAGAAAACCGACAGACCCUGCAGCAACUCCCUCCCAUUCUUUUGGUCAAGGAGCUUCCGACGAAAGGGUUCAAGCUCGCAUCUCUCGAGAAGCUCAUGGAGUUCAGAACAACGGUCGACAAGUCGAUUUGCUCUCUUCACUUCAUCAUUUCGAAUCUGAUCGUGUCUCUCCCUGAGCUGGAUAUCUUGGACCUGGCGUCAGACAUGCCCUCCUUGGAGGCCGCAGCACGUCUGUCUGACGAGUCAAUCGACGCACCCGUCUCGUACCUUAGAAAUGAAGCAGCUUUCCUGUUGUCUCAGAUUCACGCAAUAAAGCAGGUGCUUGCUGCAAAAGACGCGACGGCUACGGACCCGUCCGGAGCCCCGCGCCCCAGUGGGAGCAAGCCGCAGACCGACGAGGCUCUGCAUGCGGAGCUGACGCGACUUCAGAAGCUCCACGGCGAGAUGGUGCUGACUCUCGAACGUCUGAGAGAAAGCUACUUGAACUGUAAAGCGGUCAUUGGCGAGGUCGGGCGGUUUUACGGGGAAGACGGGCCGAAGAAGCCCAGCGCUGGGAAGCACAAGCUGAAGGGACAGGCUGUCUCCGUGGACGCUGGGGGAUCUGCGACGGCCGGUGGAGUCAUCGCGGAGUGGGAAUUUGGCCUGCUGGACCAGUCGCCUUUCGAGCUCUUGUUUAGCAUCCUGUCCACGUGUCGGCAGGGUCUGCGCGACGUGCAGGCGAACCCCCGAAAGUAUGCGAUUCUCUUGGUCGGACGGUUUGCGUCAGAAGAAGAGAAGUGGAAGCUGCUCAAGUUCCACAUCGACAACUCGCUUGCGAAUCGCAAGCGGGUCACGGGUUGCCGCGGAAGCGACGCAGAGCAGGUCGCUGGACGGCCUCAAGACGCGGACAAGGCGGGGAGCUCUGUGGUGUCUUCACCUCGUACAACGCCCCGUGGAAGUAUCGCCUCAAGAGGUGGCAAGAAACUCAUAGUUGGGCGGCACGGCCCAGAAGCUGGGGGGACGCCACAGAUUCCCCGUGGUCCUCCCAAGAGCGACAACGGCUCUUUCACAGAGACUCAGAGGCUCGGGAGAGGGCUCAGUGAGGGCAGCGAGGACGCUCUUUCCUCUCCUAGAUCCGCCGAAAGGAAUGGCUCGGCGAGGGGUCGGUUGCCUUCGGGCACGAAUGACGGUGCCGGAACGGGGGUUAUGCGGUCGUGGAGCCAGGCGGGGAGCAAGACCGCCAGCAUGGGCGCUCGCUUCAAGACAUCGUCGUCUGAGGCCGUGCAUGCGGGGGAUGGGAUCCGGUCGAAGACAAGACGGAGCUCCGUCUCGCCGCCGUCGAAGGAAGAGAGCUCGAGCCGGCGCGUCUCUGUCGCGACUAGUCACGAGGGAGAUACAGACAAGCCUGAGACUCUGCCUGGACCGCGGAACUGGUGUUUCAGGAGUUCCAAGAGCUGCGCCGACUUGUCUGUUCCGCAUUGUGGAAUGAAGGCAGGGAAGAGGCCUAUGCCUCCGACAGGGUCUCAUACUCGAGAGGGGAAAGCGAUACCUGGGCACAUAGCCGAGCUUCAGGCGCUUCUUCAACAACGGGCGUCCAAGUUCGCUGCAGGGAUUUCAGUGACUUCUGCGUCUGGCGUCCAGUCGCCGAGUGGUGGAACCUCUGAGGCAUCACUUCGGCGGGAAGCUGCGGACCGCUUGCCCCCUGGAGGGAACCGCACACCGCCCACAGUGCGAGGGACAAUUGAAAGUGCGUCCAAUGCUGAUAACCCCUCGAGUCUGCAGACGAUGUCCACCCCACGCCCGGUGUCUUUGGGAGGGGCGCAGCCGGCUGAAAGGGACGUGCAAGCCAAUGGUGAAAAUGAGAGGCUCCGUUUCGAUAGUCGAGAGGAGCUGAGGAGCGAGGACUCAAAGAGUAAGGUAGGAGAUGAGGACGGCCAAGCGACGUCAUCUCCAGGCGAGUCGAAUCCGCUGGCCGUAAACUCGUCCGCAGUGAUGGAACUCCACUCACGUAGUUCAGCUACUCCCUGCUCCUCUCCUCGUGCGGCAAGGUCGGGGACUGCUGCCGCUGUGGGUUCAGAGCCAAAGACUCCUCGUCUCUUCUCGUAUAGUGCGACGGCAAUGAAUCCUUCUCUGUCUCCUCUGGACGCCCUUCAACCUGCGUUCUCGGAUAUGGCACUGGCCGCGAGUAUCAACAAGGCCCUUUUCGCGGAUGACAUGGACAUAGUGUCGCCGCGAAGCGACGCGGAUACCCCGGCUCCAACGACUACACAUACCCUAUUUUCCCCGUGUGGGCUGUCUCUCUUUCCUAGCGAGCGAGAAGGAGACUGUGAAACGGGCUCGUUCGACUCCCUGGCUCCCGCCGUCAGUGCACCGCACCAUUUCCCCUCUUCGAGGAGUCGCCCUGCGACUCCGUUUCCUGUGGAGGAAUCUGAGCACCUCGCGAACGCAGGCAGCCACCAGGGGCCAGGAGCAUUGACCGGGACAACAGCAAAACAACACCCAGCCCACAAAGGGAAUAGCCACGCAGUGAGGGCUGGAGCGGUUGUUUUUGUCCCCCUUGACGAUAGCGACCCCUCCGCAAUAGUGGGGAUGAACUUCCAGUCAACACCAGGCAUCGGGAAUGAGCUGCUUUCCGAGGCUGGCGACAACCACCCGACCGCGGCAAAGGGCGAGGAGUCUGCUUCAAAACUGAGACCUGAUGAAGAUACUCAGAGAGGUCAGAGCAAGCAGGCGUCUCUUGUGAACCAAGACGCUGGCCAGCACGCCAUGUCAGGUAGACAGGAGACAGGGGCUGUGGCAACAGAAUCUCGGGAAGCUGCAUCUAAAGAGAACGGAGAUGGGACCAAGGUGAAGAUCAGAUCAACUGCAGAUGCUGUGAGUCUUCUGCGGGUGAAAGUUGUUCCCUCGACGCCUGUCUUCUGCUGGGAAGGGGGCGACGUUGUGGCACACCCUGCAGGGCCUCGCGCCCCUCCGUGCCAUCGGCGUCCCAUCAUCUGUCGCCCAAGACGCCCACCUCCACCAGUCGUUGCCAAGCACCCGGUGGGUGCCACUGGACCUAAGGCCCCCGCUACAGCGACGGCGCCACACACUUCGCCUGUGAGGCCUCCACCUGCGACGAAUAGGGGUCUGUAGGUUAAGGGCCAACUAUCAAGUGUCUCGGAUUUCCCGCCUCUGUUAACUUCUUCCCGGUCUGCAUCGUUUGCCACUGAAUGUCCGAGUGUCUGCUCGUGGCUUCCUCCGCCGUGUUGUGCGCCGAUCGAGCGGGCGGCUAAACGGCUUCGGGCCACCUGCUGCAGGGAAAGGGAUGGGCUUGGGGGAGGGUUGAUUCCCCCAAUUGAGGGAUAAAAUUUUGCAUGUCUGGCGUCUGCAGUGCAUCUGUACCAGUUCGUCGCGUCACUUCAUGCACAGACAGAAAUAUGCAGAUGCGUGCCGCUGCCCUUGUUUUUAUCCGAACGAUAGGCUGUCCGGUUACUCAAAGGCAUCCUAGAGCAACUGACGCAUUUUUUCCUCAUAAUAUGAGUAAAUACUCGGGGCUUAUGAACAAGCCGACCAGUUAUGCGCGGCAACAUCUGGGGUAGAUAGUUGCACACACCUGAGCUGGAGAGCACCUGUGGCAGCAACACUGUGCCACAACGGGCACCACCGCAUGCCUCAUACAAAUCUGUGAUAUAUCUGUGUCUAUGUACAUAUAUUAAAUAGUGCAGUGACUGUCUGGACAUCUAGUAAAUCUCUAUGAAAAUGUCUUAGCUUAUGUGUAUACUAUCAGACGUUGGUAGAGGGUUAGCGGCUAAACAUAGAACAUGGAAACGAUGUCUGAAUCUCGGACCGAGUGCGCAUUUUGCUUGUGAAACUGCUUUUUCUGAAUUGCUCUGGAAUAAAGAUUUGGUAGUGAGCUUAGCCGCAGAAAUUGGAACCGAAGUGAGAUGCUAUGCCAUUGAAGGCCCGUUGACAAACCCCACGCUUUGUUUCCAUUCACGCUUUUUAGCUGAAUUCGCAAACAACACUACUGCAAAC